AUGUUCAACAAACAAAAGGAAUCCAAUGGCACGGCCUCUCGCACCGGGGCCGACUCGCCGUUCUUGCAAAAGGCACGCUCGGGGAAAACCGAAGUCCGAGAGCUAGAAGCCGUGUUCAAGAAGUUCGACGUAAACGGAGACGGUAAAAUCUCAUCAAAGGAGCUAGGCGCUGUAAUGGCGAGUCUAGGCCACGAGGUUCCAGAUGAGGAGCUUCAGAAGGCGAUAAAAGAGAUAGACAGGAAAGGAGACGGUUACAUAAACUUGGAGGAGUUCGUUGAGCUGUUCACUAAAGGGAUGGACCAGGACGAUGUGUUGGAGAAUCUCAAGGAUGCGUUCUCUGUUUAUGAUAUAGAUGGGAACGGGUCUAUAUCGGCUGAGGAGCUGCAUGAGGUUUUGAGGAGUCUUGGAGAUGAAUGCUCGAUCGGGGAGUGUAGGAAGAUGAUUGGUGGUGUGGAUAAGGAUGGAGAUGGGAUGAUUGAUUUUGAGGAGUUUAAGGUUAUGAUGACUAUGGGAUCUAGGCGUGAUAAUGUCAUGGGAGCUCAGUGGUAG